UUUCAAAUAUUUCAGUUGACUCUCUGAUUACUAAAUAUUUAGAGAGAUAAAGAUGUUUUUACAAAAAAAGGACAUUUCUUCUAAACAAGGGAAAAGGUUUUUAAUUGGCCCCAUGUCAAUUUUAAUAGAGCAAAUUGAUCAAUGAGGUAUAUUAAAAAUUGAUUAGUAAAGUUGAACAAUAAUAUCAAGUAUGCAUGAGCCUAUAUUUCAUGAACUAAAACAAAACCAUCCACCACGAACUAUAGCCUAUAUUAUCGCCCAAAAGUACACGAAAUCAAAACUUUUUCAUUGGAAAAAACAUUUAGUUUGUAACAUGAUAACUUGGCCUAAAAUAAAUAGAAACCUUUCUUUGAUGUAGGAGGAAAUGCAAUCGUCAGUGGUUUUAAAUAUGGCUGCGCCCUAUGUUAUGUCACCGAAAGCCAAGAAGUGAUCGAGGAAGGAACUGGCCAUUUGAUGUGACCAUGAACCAAUGUCUGCUACACACCACUGGAGAAGUAUGAAUUCUGUGGCAUCAUAAGGCACAGGACUGGGUUUUCAACACGUCAACUCUCACCUGUAUUGAUGAAAGAACUACUGUGUGAAGAUGGCAUUGUUAGCAGGACUCAACGAAACUGUGCUGCGAUGUGUCAGUCGGGCAGCAUCUUCUCAGAACAGCCUUCGUGUCUCCUCACAUUUUGUGCAACAGCUUUGCAGAGAUGCUCAUAUUCCAGGAGCUUUUCUUCUGAAAGGAAAUUUGACACGUUCAAUUCAUGUGGUAUCCCCUAGCCUUCGAUGUGCAAGCUAUCAUCGUACGUUAGUGUCCAGUUUGCCUAACACACUAUCUCACAAGCCUCUCCUAUUCAGUCGAAGAGUUUUUGCAUCUUCAUGCCUAAGGCAUGCCAACAAGAUGAAUGUAGGAAAUCAGAGUGUCCAGAAAACGUCUUCCACUCUAGAGAAGUCAUCCUCGAAACUGUCACAGUCCGCACCAAAGAAGGUUGAUGUCAAACGACUCCUUAGUCUAGCUCGUCCAGAGAAGUGGAAGUUGGCAGCUGCCAUGGGAUGUUUGGUGGUCUCCAGCGGUGUUGCCAUGUCUGUGCCUUUCUACAUUGGGAAAAUCAUUGACCUCAUCUACACGUCAGACAAAUCUGUGAUGAUGAACAAUCUCAACGCCGUUUGUGCUGUCCUGCUGGGAGUGUUUAUUCUUGGAGGCCUUGCAAACUUUGGCCGUGUCUACAUCCUACAGACCUCUAGCCAGCGUAUGGUUAAGCAGUUGAGAGAAAAUCUGUUCUCGAGAAUUAUACGCCAGGAAAUGGCGUUUUUUGAUAAGACAAAAACAGGCGAGUUGGUGAACAGACUUUCUACAGACACUACAGUGGUGGCCCAGUCUUUGUCGCAGAAUAUAUCGGACGGAUUGAGGUCAACAUUUCAGGCAUGUGCUGGUAUAGGCAUGAUGACUUAUAUGUCGACCAAACUGACUCUGAUCUCCAUGUGCAUAGUGCCACCUGUGGCUCUUGGUUCCAUUGUGUAUGGCCGCUACUUGAGGAAAGUGACGCGGCAGGUGCAGGACUCGCUGGCUAAUGCCACUCAGUUAGCAGAGGAGAGGAUUGCCAACAUUCGCACUGUUCGAGCCUUUGCACAGGAGAACAGAGAGAGUGAGGUGUACAGGCAAGGAGUGGAGCAAGUUCUACAGCUGUCGUAUAAAGAGUCUUGGGCCCGUGCCAUAUUCUGGGGCUUUACUGGAUUUUCUGGGAAUGUGAUUAUCAUCUCCGUGUUCUACUUCGGUGGUCUCAUGAUGUUGGACUCCAGCAUCACAGUCGGAGACCUUUCAGCGUUUUUACUCUAUGCAGCCUACGUGGGAGUCUCCAUGGGGGGUCUGACCAGUUUUUAUACUGAAGUGAACCGAGGCAUUGCUGCAAGCCAUCGCAUUUGGCAACUCAUAGACAGACAGCCACAGAUAGAACUGGAUCAUGUGGUCAAGUCAUUAUCGCAGCCUGCUCAGCUCGAGGGAGACAUCCGAUUUCAUGGAGUGACUUUUUCAUAUCCGUCAAGACCUGAAGCUCAGAUCUUCUCUGACCUUGACCUUCACAUUCCAGCCGGCUCUAUAACUGCUGUGGUUGGGCCUAGUGGCUCUGGAAAAUCGACGUUGGGCUCUUUGUUGUUACGCUUCUACGAUCCCAGUCAUGGUAACAUUACCCUAGAUGGGCAGAGCAUCCAAGAGGUUGACCCUCACUGGCUGAGAUCUCACAUCAGCACAGUCAGCCAGGAGCCCAUCCUGUUUUCCACAACAGUGGCGGAGAAUAUUGCUUACGGUUCAGACGAUCCUUUGUCAGUGUCCAGGGAAGACAUACUGGAUGCAGCACGCAAAGCCAAUGCCUUCAAUUUUGUCAGCAGUUUUCCAGAUGGUUUUGACACCUUGGUUGGGGAGAGGGGACUUAUGCUAUCAGGUGGACAGAGACAAAGAAUCGCGAUAGCUCGAGCAAUACUCAAGAACCCGAAGAUCUUAAUUUUAGAUGAAGCCACAAGCGCCUUGGAUGCAGAAAGCGAGCAUCUGGUUCAAGAAGCCCUGGAGCGUCUGAUGCAGGGCCGGACAGUGCUGACCAUUGCUCACCGCUUGUCCACCAUAAAGUCAGCUGACCAGAUCGCGGUGGUUGACCAGGGCAAAGUGGUGGAGAACGGCAGCUACUCGCAGCUCAUGGACCUCUCCGACGGCCUCUUCCGACGACUUGUAGAGAGACAAACUAUACAGAGUUUCAAUUGAUGACGUAUGGCCAGCAAUUAGUUAUGUUGAUUUUAUAUAAACCUUGGCACAGACUUUUAAAACUCAUAGUAUGCCAUCAGAUGUGUUGGAUUCUAGUGGAGAUACAAACUAUACAGAGCUGUCAUUGAUGAAGCAUGGCUGGCAACCGUUUACGAGGAUUAUACACCAGUGGUGUCUGGCACAAACUUGCCAAGUUGAUGUCAGAUAAAUUUUCAGGUGCAGCAAAAAACUGAGUCGGCAAUGUAAAAGUUAUGAGGGUGUUUCCUUAAACUAGAUUUUAGUCCAUCUCAUAGAUCUCUUAAGGGAAACAGACGUUUUUAAAAGUAAAAUAGGGAUAUCUUAGACUUGGCUAGUUUGCACCUGACGCCGUCGAGUCUCUAUACAGACUUAUAAACACCAUUGUGGUCAUUCAAAUGUAUUGGAUUCUGCCUAGCUGAAGAAAAGACUCAUGUUUAUUGUACCAUGUUAGUAAUUCCUGCUGUCAUUCUGAAUAGUUAUGACUUCAGCUUAUUGAACAGCCAAAUAGUCAUGCAAAUGGGCAGCUCAACUAAAUUUUGCAUAAUUUUUUAUACAUGGACGAUGCAAGCAUAUUUGGAUUUUUCUUCUAAUUUUGAGUAAGGAGUUGUGUGAUCAAAAGUAUCUUUGUGUCUUAAGGAAUGAUCUGUCGUGGAGGCAUAAUGUCUCUCUGUCUUUGUGUUCUUUUAUGUGAGUGGAAGUUGUGCAUUCAUGGUUGUGGUUGUUUUUAAGCAUGCGGUCACUUUUCUUGUUUCUGUGGCUUAACGAAGAAUGAUUUUGCAUGCAGUUUGUUUUCCUGUUGAAUAUUUGUGUUUGCAAUUUUAAAUCAUUACUAUUGACAUAACGUAGGUGCUAAAAUGUUAUUGCUAUCGUUAAAAAAAGGUUUAUGAAUCAAAUGAGAGACUUUGUGUCUUUUUUGAGCAUUUUCCUCAUUUAGCUCCCCAGAGGGUGAUCCUGAACUCACUAUAUUCAGUAGUGUCUAUUGUUUCAUGAACUGUUGAGGGUUCUUUGCAUGUUCACAGAUUAUUAUGCUUUAUAUAUUUAUCUCUGUAAACAGCCCGCAUGGUUUAAUGCCUGGUACUGACUGAAGAUGUUGAAGUUCAGCAUGAGGUCAGGGGGUGUUCGCAGAGAUACCUGAGAAACGAUGGUUAACUCCAUUGUUGACAGUGAUGGACAAUACAUUCUGUAAGAAUUACGUUAUAGUAGUGUGUAAGGUUUAAGUAGCAUGAGAAUUGUGCCAUAUUUGUUUGAAUACGAUCUCUCUUCACCUUGCUCUUGUUCAUAUUUUAAUGACACACACAUUUAGCUAAACAUGUAGUUCAAUACUAAGUUACUUUACCUGGUAGAGUUAUCAUGACGAAGUAUGAUUGUAUGUAUAUUACUCCGCUCACAUAGUUUAAACUGCACUUAGACUUGGAUUCUAUUUGGUUGUGAGACUGAAGCUGACAAUUUGGUUAACAGUGCAGCCUAGUGUUUUUUUCUUUAAAGUUUGUGAGAAAGUCAAGUUAGGUUCUAUCUUUCUAUGUGGGAGGAUGUCAACUUUUGCCUGUGUUUGCUACUUGUUUACAGUAGUAUAAGGGUUGUUGUUGGAGGGGGUAUUUUUGGGCUUUGCUUCUUUUUCUCUGGAUUUUUGUUAUUAAACUGAGUAUAAUUUUCACUUUGACAAAGACUUACAGAUUUCUUGACAAGAUUCUUUUGUACAUUCUUAUUUGACGGCUUAGUGUCGUCAAUGAGGCUCCUGAAUUCACAUUGCCUUUCUGUAGAUAAAAUUGUAUUCCGAGAAAUUCUGGAGCACUUGCAAGAUUUCGUCUAACAAUCCACCCGUCCCUUUUCAGUUUCCCAAUUCUUUUAUGUGCUUGUCUUCCAAUAUCUGCUGUUGCCAUUUCUGGAAACAUGCCAAAAUAUUUCAUUCCCGCUUUCUGAAGAUUUCUGCAAACGCAGCAGCAAUAAAACCCUCAUCUUGUAGUGAGACUCAAGAUUUUGUUUCCUGUGCCUGAUGUAAUGUUUAUAGCAAUGCCCUGUGAGAAGUUGUUAUAGCUCAUUUGUCAACAUUUCUGUACUUCUAUUAACUUUGCCAAAAUGUGCAACUCUGUGAGUUUUGAGUGAAUGUCAUGUUGUUAGAAGAUUAGAGUACAUUAUGUAUUAUCUGCAAGAGUGAGAGAAAAAAAAUGAAUAUCUUUUUUUCCGUAUAUUUAUUUUUAAGUCCAGGGGAUGGGACCUGAGACCAGUGAAAACUGUUACAGUUGACAGCAAUUGUUUGGCAUUUUGUGGUAUGAAUGCAUGUGCAUGUUUUUCAUUUGACAUUUGUUUCUUGAUUCAUUUGUUGUGUGGACCAGGAUUUCCUUUUGUGGGGACAUUUGUGAGGCAUCGUGGUAUAAUCAGGCGCUCGUCAAAAUAAGGAAAUCGAAGAAACUGUCACUUUUCCUUCUGUUUGGCAAUUUUUAUCGAAUUUGUGCUUUUUGGCUCAACGCCUUUUAUGUCCAUUUAAAAAGAUAUUUCUGUGUGCAAAUCACUUGAAAAACGUCUCAAAGGCACACAAAAAAUUAAAGUUUCAGUUUCCUAGGACUCUCAAGAUAAGGAAGUGACUGAACUUUGGCAGCCAUUUUCUCUCUAAUUUUACCCCUGAAACCAGGCGACCCCACUUCCUUCAAUUGCUAAUAUCUCACAUUCUAUUCAAGUUAGAAGGGUAUUUUUGUCCCAAAUGUAAGGCAAAUUAAGCAAGUUUUAAGAUAUUACCAAUAACUCUUAAUACCUCAAAAUUGACGAAUGCCUGAUUCCACCGUGUUGCAUCACAUUUAAAUGUUCCACCCCCUCCCCCAACUCCGCCUCCUCCUCUCAAACAAAUGAGAAAAAAAUAGAUUUCAUUCAUAAACAGUACCGUCAUUUAUUUGUGAUAUUAUUUUGAAAAUGCAAAUCAAUUUAAAAAUUUGAUCGCGAUGACUUGGUCCAAUGUGCAAUGCUUAUGGUAUCUUUUGUUAGCUCAGUUGUGACAGACUGGAGUGGGAUAGCUUCCUUUACUUUCUAAGCUGAGCUUUGAUUUUUCUCUUCUCUCCUGCAUAGAAUGGCUGUCACAGGGAUUAAGAUGGUGAUUUUUGUUGGGGUCAUGAUGGGCUAAAAAAAAAACAACAUCUGUUCCUCUUCUUUUUUUUAUAGUGAAUGUCAUAAGGUCUCACAUGCUUUUCGUUUUUCUUUCCCAUUGAGUCAUGAUAAAUAGUGGGGGAUAGUGAAGCAUAACCCUCCUACUGUCUUUAAGCAUCUCGACGAUCACAGCCUACUGUUUUCUUCUCCUGUAAGAUGUAGCAAGAACCUUACUAUAACCAUGGAUGUUACACACUGGGUCAAGCCGUUCGAAAUCGGAGGUCAUAUGUUACUUUUACCAGACAAUGUAUUGUGUUGGUAAUUAUGUUGUGCAGUGAUUGAAGUACUGAGGCGUUAUCAUGUGACAAGUUAUGUAUGUGUGUGAUAUAAUAUGUGUGUGUUCUGUCAGCAUCACUGUUAGUGCUGACAAUUAUGGCUGUAAGGAAGCUGUAAUAAGGAUAUGGCCACAAAAUAUCAAAAUGUGUAUCUUGUGAUAUCUUUUUAUCUUGUUUGUGAUAGAUCAAAAUUUGUCUUUCUCUCUUGUAGACAAUAACAUUUUAAUGGCAUUACAAAACUAUGUAAUCAGUACAAGUUCGUUUUUAUUUAUUCUCUUUCCAUUUUUGUAAUUUACAUGUAGAAUGUAUGAAUUUUCUGUACUGGGCAAAUAUUGCAUAUAUGGUUUCCUUUUGAUUUGAAGGAAUUUCUUCUCGAAAUAUUUUCCAGGGUUAUUAAGAAUAGGCGGUUCUGAAUUGUGAAGUGCUACUUCCUUUACAAAAUAAGAACAAUUUUAAAAUGAAAUUUGUGUAUGUUUUGUGAUAUAGCAUCUUUGUGUUAGUUCAUUUCUCUUAUGAUUUCAUUUGCUGUGUCUUUUUAUAAAAGAGAAGUUUUAGCCAGUGAUGACUGUGUGUAUGUACACCAGUGUAUGUGGUAUACGGUGGGCCCGGGCAAUAACUGGACAGCCGGGACCAACUCGAUGUCCCUGCUAUACUUGAUAUAGAUAAAUUCUGUUAUAGAGGGGAUCAAGUUUAUUUACAUCAUAACUGAUGAUUAACGAAUGAGAUUGUUUUUAUUACAUAGAUUGUCCUCUACUAAUUCAUCAGUUAUUUCUCCUUUCUUUUCCCAUAGUGUUUUUUAAUUCAUUAGGAACUUUGUCUUGCUUUUUCUUGUAUCUGACUCUCGCACAGGUUGACUCGACAUAAUUUGAGAUGCAUGGGUAAUUAUAAGCAUAUACUUAUAAAACUAACGCCAGAGUUUUCUAACCUGAAGACCCACCCAGAAACCGAAUGAUAUUAAAAAUUUCUGAUAACACGAAAAACAAAGUGCAAUCUAGACCAUCUGUAGUCAUGUAGCUUACAUAUAGAGACACUGAGGCUGGUUGAAAGAGUGGAUCACAAUGAUGGACAGAGAGAAAGAGAAAUUAUUUUAUAACUUUGAUACAAUGAAGUCGAAAAUAUUUUAUACAGUCUGCUUUCGCUUCAAUAGUAAUUAGAGAUAUUUUCCAAACUGGGAUUUUGCUUGUGAUAAUAAUAAUUGCAUUUAUAGAGCUCAUAUCCAUGCUCUAAUGACCCUUCACAAUCGAAUAGUUACAGUGUUGGGGAAAAGAACACACAUAGAUCUUUGGUAGUUCUAGCGCCCAGUGCCUACUUUUCAUAGUCAUUAUUCUCGUAACAAGUCUUUUCACCCUCACGAGGAGACAAUAUGACGAUGUAGUGUCAGACAUAGUUGCUAGGUCAUGCUAUGUCAAUGGAUUUGCAAGCACACCAAAGAAAUCCAGCUUCCCACUUCCCUCCCCUGCACACAAGGUAUGACACAUCUUAAAAUGUGUACACAAUAAGCUUAGAUCUACUGUGUGUGGGUCAUGUUGGUGAAAUUUAUCAUGUGGGCUUGUUUUGCUUCAUUUGGUUAUUUUUUCUACUGUAUUGUCUGUUUGUUGUAGGAUUUCGUCAAUGGUUGGACCACUUUUAAGAGAUCUGACUGGGCGAUUUAUUAUACACUUGCUAUAGCCGAAACCUUGUAAUAACCAAGAAUAUCUUAAGUGGGGCCAACUGUUUGAUUUUUCGCGCAACUCACUAUAGAUGUUAGUUCAGUUCCUACAUGGGAAAGAUAUUUCAGAGUGAUUAGUUCUGAACAGAUGAGUUCAAAGCAGUGUGCUUUCUACAUGAUCUAAAAAUUAUGUCAUUGAAGCCUUAAAACAUUUCGCAGUCCAGUCCUCCUCUCUUUUGGUCCGACAACAAAUCAAGUACAUUGUACUUUUGUACUCUCUUUCUAUUUUGUUUGUCUAGAUUUCUGUACCACAGGUCAGCUCGGUCUGAUGCUGUGUCCUGUGGAAAAGGACUGAAUAUUAAUAUGAGUUUUUUCAUUUGACUGCUUGACACAAUAACUUUAGGUCUUUACGUGCUGGAAUAAAGCAUAAAAUAAGAAAGAAAGACAGAAACAACAGAAAGAAAGAGCAGAAAUAGGACCCCAGCCAGUGGUGAGCUCCGUUUACCCUCAUCCAAUACCUAAACUACAUAUUUCCUGUUGGAAGUAGGUUGUGAGAUGGCAUGAUAAAUUUCACUAGCCUGUUGGUGAAUGGAUGAUCAUCUUUUUUGUUUAGUUAUAAAUGUUUUCAUAUUGAAUCUUAGACCUAGUCUGUGCAUCAAGUCAGAUGAGAGAGUCUUUAUUUUUUUGUACCAAAGUGAAUUUGAAAUAACCCUGAUGAAUGGAGAAAAAUAAUUUCCAUGACAAAAUGACAUCAUGUUUUGCUCCUUUCCAUAGAAACGCAACCUGUGAUAACAUCUUCUCCUUCCCUACUACUUGAUGUGGUGAAGUUUUGGUAGUUCUGAGAAGCAAUUUUAUGUCUUGUUCUUCAUGCUUCUGAGUAAUGUUACAAUGUAUUAUGUAUUGAUGAAAGGGUAAAAGUAAAGUAUAGCCGCCCAAAGUCCUGGGGCCCAUCAACAAUCACAGCCAGCUGUUUCCUGCUGCUGUGAGAUGUAGCACUAACCCCAGUGUGACUCCCAUGUUGACCCUGGAUCUGAGCACUAGGUCAAGUACUUUCAAAACAGGGGGACCAACUUUACUUUUACAAAUGAAAGAAUGACUAGAAGUAAGAAGCGGGGAUGAUACUCACACCUCAUGGGGUGGAGGGGGAGGGAGACGGUAUGUGCAAGAUGUAAGAUUUAGUAAAGAACAGAGUCAGUUUGGCAUUUUAGGUUGAGUGCAAGUGGUGAGCAUGUUUUCCAUUUGCAGCCUCUUUCUCGAUGUAUUCUGCAUUGUGGGUUAAGAAUUAUGAGGUUGUUUUUUUUUUUUUAUAUUAUAUGAAUUAAAAUAGAGAUCUUCAACUCCAGCCCCUUAUCAAACUAACGAGAAAAACUGAAUCUUAUACUUAAUCCAUACUUUCAUAUGUUUUUAUUUUUUUUAAAUAAAAAGAUAAAACACAGAUAUACAUUAGAGAAUGCAUUUGGUGAGCAUGUUUUCCAUUUACAGCCUCUUCCUCGAUGUAUUCUACAUUGUGGGUCAGGAGUUUUCUUAUAUUAUGUAAAUGAAAAUAAAGACCAUCAACACCAACCCCUUAUCAAACAAAGGAGAAGAACUGGAUCUUUUCCUUAAUCUAUACUUUCGUAUGUUUUUAUUUUUAAAAAUAAGAUAAACACAAAUACAGUAGAGUCGGCUUAAACUUAAAUCUGCGGGACCAUCAGUUUCAGAUUUUCUUCUGUUUAGCCAAGUUUUCGGUUUAGAGAUGCUGCUCAAAUAGAAGAAAAAAUCUGGGGUUUUAUUUUCUUUUGGUUUACCGCUGUUUUCAGAUUAACUGUCUUCAGUUUAAGCAGAUUCCACUUUAAAUAUGUAUUCCUCUAUUAAUCAACAGUUGUUCAAAACAUAUCAAUGAUUUUAUCGUAACUUAUGAAAAGAAAUUAGUUGUCUUAUUUUGGAAAUUGUCUCCAGUAGAUCGGCACUUUUGUUCUGCCCUGUCGUACAAAUUCUGUUGAUAGUUUUUGCAGGAUUUUACUAAGUGAAUACUUGUAAACAGAUGAUUGGAAUAUCAGAAUACUCAGAGUAGAGUGUACAGGGGAGGAUGGGCUGUCAUGAUAUUGUUAAAAUUGCAGAUAUUUUACUUGUGGAUGCAUAUAUGUGUUUCAACUUUUUCAUAGCCCUACAGCCUACAGCUUUUUAUACUGCUCCCCACACCUUUUUUUUUUUUACAUCCAAACGUCAUCACCGACUUAUACAGUUGCGAGCGCCGUGAAACGUCUACUAAAAGUAGAAAACAAACAAAACAGAAAAAACAUCGCAAAGUGAUUCCAUCACUCAGUGAGUGGUUAAGUUCAGAAAGAUUUUCUGUUGUGUGAAUUUAAUUAGGCCUACAAUCUUCUUUCACCAUUUUGCUGUGCUUGUGGUUAGAUUGUGUAGCAUACAGCUGACUCUUGGUAAACUCCUAAAAACAUACUUGUUUGUGGGCAGCAAAAUAUGAGUCAAAUGCAAAAGAAAGAGAUGCUUUCCUUAUCAAGAAAACAUUCAUCAUACUACAUUUGGAAUUUUUGUUGUCUGGGAGGGUGAUGAAAGGACGUACCACUUUCAAGACUUUCAAAAUUGAGGAAUCACCCAGAUUUCAUGUUUUUUAAAUACUUAUUUAUUCAUUUGUGUGUGUGUGUCAGUUCAUGUGUUUUCCCUGUCACAAUGGACCGUGAAGUUUCAGGGUAGUCCAGAAAUCCAGACGCCCGACUUGGGCUCACCUAAAAUAAAAAUGGGAAAAAAGCGGAGGAAGCCCCUGGCAUCAUUAACAAGUCAGCAAAGAGUUCAGCCAGUUGCGAGAUUGCUGUUUCUUUUUGUUUACACACCUGGCUUGACUUUCUGUGAACGGAGGCCCGUGAGUCGACAAAGAGAUCAGCCUAUGGGACUCUGAAGCCAUUCUUAUAUAUCCAUAUAUCUGUGUCUGCCUUUGUGCUGCUAUGUAAAUAUUUUAACUUAGUGAUAACCAUGUCAUAAUAAAUUGUACCGGUGUGGGUUGACGCCAUGAUUAAAUAGAUUGUUUUUUGGUGUGGGGUAUACAGUAAUGUCUGCUAAUGCUCUAGACUUCCAUUUUGCACCAUAGUGCAUGCAGUUUGUGACUUGAAUUUUGCACUUGUAUAUAUGUACUUUAGUCUAUGCAUCUCUAGUUGAACUGAGAUGAAUGAAACUCUAGACAUGAGUUUUAUUGCAUGACAUAAUUCACACAGCUCUAGUCGUGAGUUUUGUGCCAUGAGCAGGAAGAUUCACACCGUUGUAGUUGUGAGUUCUGUUGCACAUCAUGAUUCACACAGUUGUAGUUGUGAAUUCUGUCGCACAUCAUGAUUCACACGGUUGUUGUUGUGAGUUCUGUUGUGUUUCGUGAUCCACAUAGUUGCCGUUGUGCAUUUUGUGCCAUGAUCAUGAAAAUUGACUGGGAGUGAGUUUGCUUGAUGUGUACCCGAAGCAUGAUGCAUGAGGUACUUGGCCUUAGUUUCAUGCCAUAAUAACUAGUGCUAUAAACUUGAGUUUUAUACUCAAUGCAGCAAGCUGCUUUAGAACUAAAGAGUUACACCAUAAUAAUAUUAUUCAUGCAGCUCUAGUCUUGAGUUUUAUUUUUAUCUAUCUCUAACUCUAAGCAGAUAUUUAAGUGAAAGCAUGCUAUGUCUGUGGUUUGGUCUCUUUCUUCUCUUUACCUUGUACUUGUGUGUCUUCUUUGACGGAAAUGAAUGUUUGUAUUUUGAGUACAAGUGUUAGUCUGGGUAAAACUCGUAUGUCUGUGUAGUUUCAAGAAUAUUUUCUUCUUUUAAAUUUGUCAAGGCAGUCCAGGCACAUUAUCAAUAUCAUUGAUUAUGUUGAUGGAAAAAAUGAAGUCCUUAUGGGGUACUGGUUUGUGAAAAAUACUUAAAAUUCAUAAUUGUUACAGGGUACACAAAGUCAAAAGUCAUUCCAAUCCAUUUCCUUUCCUCCAAACCAGAGAUGCAUGAAGCUAUGAGAUUUGAGCUCGUGUAGGUGUGAAAACACUGUUGUUAUCCUGUGUGUAAGUUAGUUAUGCAUGUGCAUGUGUGUUAGGGCAAUAGAGGUUCACCUGUAGUGCGCUAGUGAGACAGUGUGUGCUUCUGCUGAAAAUUCUAUUUUAAUCAGAGUCUCAACAUAUUGAUUGCAGAUACAACAUAUUAUGUCUCAAUUUUUGUUCAUGUUGUUCGUUAUAAUUCACUUUUAAUUUUCGAACUGAUAUAAAAAGUAGGCCAGAAGCAAGCAAGGAGGAAACAAACAUGUUUCUGGAGCGGAAACAAACAUGUUUCUGGAGCUUGAUUUGUGCGUACUCUUGCAAUAGAUUUUAUACCUGACAAUUGGAAUUAUAGGAGAGUCUGCUUUUUACCUUAAUAUGUGGGGCCGCCUGAUUUUUUUUGCUUUCGCUUGGUUUUCGGUUUAAAGAGGUUGUUCAAAUAGAAGGAAAACGAGGGAUUUUAUCUCCUUUCAGUUUAACCUUGUUCGGCUUAAGUGGACUCCUCUGUAUUUCAAAAACAGAAUCAAUCAUUUGUCAGACCGAAAUAUUUCUGGUGUCAUUGCUGUACCAGCAGUACAAGUGAACCUGAUCUUUCUUUGGUUCAUGGAAACUUUUGUCCUUGUCCUUCUCUGUACAAAUAAAAAUUAGUUAAUUAGAAUAAAUUAAAGAAGUGUUAUACCAGGAGAUUGACUGCCCCAUUCGCACAGCAAGUACAGAAUGGGUACAGUCAUUGUAACUAAACUGUUUUUGUUCAGUUUUAUUAGUAAUUAAUUGGUCAAGUUCUGAAACAUUGAGGCUGUAACCUAUCACUAUUAACAAUAUAAAAUUAUCCUGCAUGGAAAAAAAUUCACAUUGUACACCAUAAUCUAUCAUACAGUUUUUGUGCUUGCUCCCUAUGUGAGAGUUCAACCUCUUGUAGAACUGAAACUGAACAUUGUAUUAUUUUAAUAUUAGCACCUCCACUGACUCACCUGAGACUACCAGCUCUUUAACAAGAUUAUAAUGCAAGUCUGGCAGUGAAAGGUUUAAGGCCACUUCCAAAUAAAGCUUUACCAAGACAGCUUUAUUUAUAUGCCUAGAUCUCAUUAGGAAAUUUUUUUGGUAGCAGGAUAGUGAUAACUUGAAGUAUGAAGUAAGAAGACAGUGAGAAGGGCUUGUUCUUAAAGCAGUGUUGUACUCAAUCCACAAGUACCAAGAGAAUUUAAAUCUUGUAACAGAACAAAUAUGGUGCUGGGUGUGGUAGCUAAGAAAUUGUUGUGUUUAUGUGUUGUUUAAUAAAGCAGACAUUGUAACGGAACUUGAAUAAAUGAUUGAGUCACUGGGUUGUGCA